AUGUCGCCUAACGGAACCAUCAAUGGGGCGACCGAGCCCAAACACGGCAAGAUGACCUCGCAGAACGAGUAUAUGCCAGCCUUGCCCGCCAAGCAUCUCAAUACUCCUGUCGAAGUCACUCCAUCGCCUGAGGAAAUGGCGGCUGGACAAUUCAAUGACGCCAACAUCAAGCUUUUUCUUUCUGGAAUGCACCGAGAUGGUGUGGUCAUCCUCAAAGAUAUCAUCAACCCAGAUCACCUCGAUGUCAUCAACGAGUUCAUGGUCGAGGACACCAAGAAAGAGCUCAGCAAGGAGAACCUGUACAAGAACUUUGGUGCGGAGAACAUCCAACAAGGCCCUCCACUGACGCCAUCAAAAUACUUUUUCAACGAUGUCUAUCUAAACAAGCUCCUUUUCCAUGCCGUGAAUCUUUACCUGGGACCAAACGCGACAUGGAAUAUGGUCAGCGGCAACAACGCCUUACCUCACGGUGUCAAGCGGCAACCUGUCCAUUCUGACGCCAUGUGCAAUCAUCCACCGGCGCCUUUCUAUGUGGUUGCCAACGUCUACACCUGUGACGCCAGCGCAGCCAAUGGCUCCACGGAGAUUUGGCUUGGGACACAUCAUUUCAACACCGAGGCCCAGACACCGCCCGGUCCAAAGGGGGAAACUCACAUCACAGACGAGUACGUGGCUGAGAGACAAAAGACGCUGCCAGGCAUUCAGCCCACGGUGAAGAAAGGUUCGAUCCUGUUCCGAGACAUGAGACUAUGGCAUGCUGGAGUGUGCAACACAUCCGACGACAUGCGGUUCAUGAUUGCUUUGGGGUUCUCUGCCAGCUGGUGGCACGGCACUGCAAAGUUCAGAGUGCCUGCAGGAACAGGCGUGUUUGAACGCAUCAUACAUGGUACUAAGGGCCAGGGUAUCACACCUUUGAUGAUUGAGCUGCCGCCUGAAGAGUACGAGAGACUGCGGGACGCGCAUGAUUUCAGUGAUGUCGAAAAGAUGACGUACGAGGGUGAAAUAUUCUAG